CAUGAAAUAGGAACUUGGAUCUACCUUAGCAUCUUCAUUCCCGAUUCCUAGCAUCAAAUUUAGAUGCUUACUCUUUCUCUCUCUCUCAUCCACUCCCAUAAAUUCCUCACACUCCUCUCUCUAAAACUAGCAAACUAGUCACCAUUAGCGAUCCACUUAUAUUCUUUUUGGCUCUUUAAUUCGUAAAAUCAUGAGUGCUUUGGAAUCUCCGCUAGAAGCUUUAGCGUUCAACUACUUGAGUUUCGGACUUUUUACGGUUGUCAACAAUAUAUGGACGUGGUUGGCGGUGAUAACGGCGGCUUUCAGCUACUGGAGGAUCAAAACAUCCUCAGCAUUGCUGAAACCGGCACUAGUACGUGGAGAUUUUUCCGACGAUGCAUCUCCUUCGCCGCCGCAGACAGCGUUUGUACCACCGUCAGAAAAUGUUGAGACGGUGGCAGCUGAUGAGCCUGCUUCAACUUCUAGGGGACCCUCAAUAACAGCUCCUACUACUAUAUCACCGUGCGCUGUGUUUCAUAGAGUAGACAGCACAAAAGGGAGAUUCACGGCGUACUAUAAGAAGGAUGAUGUUCUUGGACCAUGUGAUGACGAUGUGGACCGCCGCGAUAGCACGGAUAAAGAAGAUAAAGGCGAAUUCAGAAUUUCAAGUCAGUGGUUACAAAGUUCCAUAUUUUCGAACAAUGGUGCUGUAGAAAUGGAGGAUUUAAUGUGUAAUGAUUGGUAUCAGAGUUGGGAAAAAGUAACUAGAACAAAAAAAGGGGAAAUGGGGUGGUAUAGUUUCCAAGAUUUGCAUGUUAUUGACGGUAACGUAGUUAGACUGUGGGAAGGUUGUAGACGGCGGAGAGAAGCGGAAGCCACCGCUUUUCAGGGUGGCGUAGUUAGGACGUGGUAGGUGAGAAAUGAGAAUGGUGGUAGUAAGUUAAUUAAUGUUAAUAGUAGGGACUACAAUAAUUUAUUGGGUUUCACGAUGAUGGCCGAUAUUACGUACAAAAGAAUUGUAAAUACUCUCUGCACGCGAGUCUCUUGUAAUUUUGAUAAUUUUGUAAUUAGUAUUUGCUUCUACUUUCUUUA